AUGGCGAAAGACCGGCUGAAUCGCCCCUUGGAGCUGCCCAUUAAGUGUAAGGAGCAGAACCUACAGAAGCAGGGCUGGGACAAACGCAGCCUGAUGGUGGGUGUCUGCACCUCCUCCCGGGGGGCUGCUGGGGAGGACGCCCGCCCUGGCUGCAACAGUCUUCAUCUUGUACUUCUACAGUGUCCCAGAGAACCCAAGUUACGGAAGAGCCAAGGAGGGAAGCAAGAGAAAAAAGUUAUCCACCCGUACAGCAGAAAAGCUGCGCAGCUCGCACGGGAAGCACACAAACAGGAAAAGAAAGAAAAGUUGAAGACUGACAAAGCUUUGCGUUUGAGUAUCAUUGGAGAAAAAUUGCAGUGGUUUCAAAGUCACCUCGACCCCAGUAAAAUUGAGUACACAAAGAAGGAAGCUGGUGAACUAAUUGAAAAUUAUAUGUGUCGAUUCAAUGCUGAAUUGGAGCAGAUUGAAUUACAAAACGGCAUUAAAGGUAGACAGGGAAGACAGCACGGUUCACGGGAAACUGUCAUCAAGCAGACCAUAGAACGUGAAAGACAACUCUAUGAAGGCUAUGGAAUGGAAAUCCCAGAUAUUAUGAACAGAAAGCAUCUUAAAUUUUUCAGAGAAUGGGAUGGUGAUCUGAGGAAACUGCCAAACAUCAAAAUGAAAAAGCUGUCAGCUAGGGAUGCUGCUUGCAGUGAGCCUGAGGUGGCAGAUGUGGAAGCUAAAGAAGAAUUGAAUAAAGCAGAAGAGGUGGCCUUAUGAGCACCAGCUGAUUCAAGAGCUGAAACAGCUGAAGGGAAUUGUAAGAAACCUAUUUUAAUUAUCACGGAAACAAGAAUAAAUUCUAACUAUAUUU